AUCGACAACCAUCAAAGGGAAACCUGACAUUGGUCGUCCUGGCAAAGAUCACUUCUUAGCCACAAGCAAGUUGACGGUUGCUGCAAGGUAUCUCCCUGCAGCUGGUAUUUCACAAGGUAUUGCAGGAAAUGCAACCAUCACCCGCUACCAACCGAGUGCCGGCUUCCCCCCCGGCAUUCUUGGACCUGCCAGGCUACGCACCUUCUUCUUUCAGCCCACAGAUCCUUGUUCACCCGCUCGAGGACAGGAUAAGCUACUUGGAUGGUAACUCGGUCAGUGGGGUGAUCUAUGUGAAAGGUGCAGGACACGGCUGGAAACUCGAUCAGGUCGAAGUUUCCCUCGUACUGUCGGAAGAGUCUGCUACUGGUUCAAUAGAACAGCUGUACGCUUCACGAUGGUACACAGUGCUGGCCACGUCUGCUAGCCGUCAGGCUGAGCGCGGCCAGACUAACCUCUCGACGUCGUCCAAUUCCGAUUAUGGACGUGAUGUCGCCGGGACGAGAUUUACGGAGAAGCAGAGACGAGCGGAAGGGACUUUGGAGGUACAAGAUGGACUGCCCUUCUCCAUUCCCCUCGAUCACACAAUUGUGCCAGGAUCGCCUUUACCAGGGUGUAUACAUUUGCUUGAAGCAGGUCUGGGCCAAGUCGUAUGGCACAUCCGAGUACGAGUUCAAGGCUUGAAUCUCCUCGCGACCCCCAAGACCUCUCCUGGAGCCUCUUCACCAUCAUCGGACAAGGUCGAGGUCGAGGAGAAGGUAGAGGUCCACCUGACGCCUUGCCAAGUGGAGACGAGGCAGGCCUCGACAGCCACAGAUUUCCCUCGAGCCGGGUCGAGCUCAUCGUCCAGUCUGGCGACAACAACAACAACAACAACAACAAUCACCGGCCGAGAUUCAGCCAUCCCUGCUGGUAAAGCCUGCAAGAUGGUCGUCAGUGCGGUCGAAACGAGCAACACGGAAUCUAUCGCGGUCGGCGUCGAAAUCAGCUCCGAUCCGCAGCGGCUGGACGAAGACGAGGUCAAGUGGUUGAGAGGCAUACGCAGAGUCAGGAUACAAUGGUGGAGAAGGAUCAGGGUCGAUCUGGUCGAUCAGCGGGGCGACUCGUUCGAUCCAGCAGCAUCUCGGCGCGGCAAAGAAUCCCUGACCUUGCUACACAAGUCGGGCAAACUUUGCCGAUACUCUUCCGAUCGUCAACGGCCAAUCCGCUUGCUGUUUGAACUACCGCCAUUACGGAACGUGCUCUCCAACACUCACAGCGCGGCGGCUCUGGGUGGAGUAGGUUGCGGAGACGUCUCUCAGCAGACACCUUGCCACGAAGUCGAUUUCUUCGUCCGCGUGAUCGUCGAGAGCCGAGGUGGGGGUACGGCUACGCCUUCAAUGCAAGCGAGUAGCUCCAACAAUACCGGUCCACAAAACUCGUCCGCGACGGAAGGUGACCCGAUCGUACUCGAACAAGUGAUCCGGAUACUCCCACCGACGUGGGAUCAGCUAUUGCCGUAUGUGAUGACGAUUGACGAGACGGGCGUCUCCGAUCGCCUUGCCAUCGCACAAGCUCUUCACGAGGACGAGAUCAACGGGGAGGCGACGUCACUGAUGAUGAGCGAAGAUGCCAGAAACAGAGCAUACAGACUCAAGGGAAGCGAUGUCGUCGGAGACACUGGCACGUACAGACAAGAUCAUACAGGCGAAGGCGCUGCCUCUAGUAGUGGCAACCCGCCACCGUUCGAUGCGAAUGUUUCUAAUCACGAGGGGAACGGAGAUCCACCCUCCUUCUUCGAUACCACCACCGGUUCUGGGGGCGACGUCCUGCCAUCAUUUGACGAAAGCGAAAGGCAUAAUCAAUCUCGAUUUCCUGGCCAUGGCAUACCGGGUGCCAAUUCAGGCCAGGGCGCGGGAUCGAGUCGGACUACUAGAACACCUGCGCCUGCUCAAUUGACUGGGGAGCUGGCGACAUGGCGCGAAUACGAUGGUUACGAGACGUUCUCGGCUCCUCCUCCAGCAGCUUGGGAGAGCCUCGGCCUGAGUGGAUCGAUGGAUCCACCCUCGACAGACGAUGCCGAUCUCGACGCUGCCCAUGGAGACGCUGCCCUUGGAGGUGCAGACGAGCGAGUGAGGCUGAUGGAACACCUCGGACUCGGUGAAGGUACACGGGUCAUCGACACCCAGGAAGAUAUGCCUCCUGGCUUUGAUGAGCCCAGCUUGCCCUCGUUACCAAACGCCAUCAUGCCUCAUCAUCGCAGGGCGAUCCAGCGCCGCACAGCACUCGAAGCCGGCGAACCUCACCAGGACCCCAGCGACUCCCGGCUCGACGAAUCGCCUCCACCUCCCGCGUUCAGUCGGGAAAGCGAUCCCGGCGCUGAAGCUCAGCAGCAGACCCGAGGGGAGGGUGGUGGGAAUCGUCAGGUCCUGCCGCCUCCCAGUUUCGCGGCGAGUGAAGCGGCCGAAGCGAGAGGUAUCGCCGCUACGGGUCCCGAGCCGGUCAUGAAUAUGAAUACCGCUCGAGCGGCGCCGGUCUCAUCCUCCUCGCCGCCGAGCUUGCGAUAUCAACUUCCGGACGAAGUCACAUCAGCUCCGCCGGUAUAUAGUGAUGAAAGUCAUCCCACGCAUCAAGAGGCACCUCCGGGAUACUCUCGGGCUCAUUGAACGCGAACGGACAAGUUUCGCGUCGUUCUUAAAAAUCAUAUAGCAUAUAGCACGUAUACGCGACAGUCCCUGUACAAUUGUUCUCAUACCCGCACAGCACACGAGUGACAUGUCUACAGGCCACAGGACCAUAUGAUAUGCAAGAUUUCUAUCCACCCUGUCUUGCCAGCCAGAAAAGACCGAAAGUGAAAGGGAGAGGAGAGUUCAUUCCACAAUCCGAGAAGCUCAAACCUCGUCAGACC